AAUGGUCCCUUAAAAGACCAGGGGCUGACAUGGGCUGAAUGAGCCCCGAAAGCUCACUCUUAGGCCCACUGACUUGUCGCCAAGGCUGUGUAGUCCCCUAGCUGUCUGAGGCAGAUUGUGGAGGCAAUUGGGUCUCAGUUGCCUCAGCUUUAGGGUGCACAAAGAUUGUACAUGAGAGCUAGCAUGUAUAGCUUUGUGGGCCGAAGUGCCCGCCCAAGGUGGGGCUUGCUUCUACUUUGUUUGGCUGUCUUCUGUGUGAUGAGGAUCAGCUGCCAGUCUCCAGGAUCACCUGCAUCAUCAUCAUCAUCUUCAUCCUCGAGUUCUCCAGAGGAUGGAGGAGGAGGAGCAAAGAAACCACCUGAUGACUUGCCUUGCAAGGACAACGCAGGCAAGAUAUCCCUCCACGGAGAAACCUACAAGAUGACUGAGUGUUCGUCUUGUACCUGCACCAAUUCCACUCUCAACUGCAUGUUCGAGUCCUGCCAGCCGACAACUUGCAGAGAGCCAUACAAGUUUCCCGGGGAAUGCUGCAAAGCUUGCCCGUACAAUGUGACUGUGCAGCAGGUGACACCCGUGCUUCCUGGAGCUCAGUCCAUUCAAGAAGGUAGAGCAGAGAAUGAUCUGGCAGUAAAUCUGGACGUGCUGUAUGCCAACACCAGAGAGACCACCAGCGUCACUGGCGAGGGCCUUUGGCAGACGGGUAUGUGGAUGAGCAGUGAGGAGGAUGGGUCGGUCAAGCUGCCGGGCACCUAUGUGGAAAACGUCCUGACGGAGGGCCAGCAGUCCCAGGAUCUGAGGAAACAGGGGCUUGUCUCCACCAACUUCUACAUCAAUGACAUCAGGUACCAGGUGGACAUGUCUGACCUGACUUGCGACGAGGCCCGCUACCUCUGUGCCAAGUUCAACAAGGGGGAGAACCCUCAGGUGGAGAAGUCAUUCCUGGAGUUUCACUUUGAGGCGAGGCCCUCUGAAGAUGUGCUGACUGGAUGCAGUCCUAUUGAAGAUUGCAAAGGGGGAGCAUUGGUUCAAGUGAACAGUGUAACUCCGAGGAUGCAAGAGAACACCGUAGUGAAGGAGGGAAACUCCAACGAGGUAUUGGUGGAUAUGGCUGUGGGCUACGUGGAUUCAGAAAAGACCACCAACGUCGAUGGAGAAAACCUGUGGACGACCCAAAUGUGGCUGAGCGGUCAGAUGGACGGUUCACGUCCUCUGAGGGGGACCCUGCGGGAGCAGGUGCUGACCCCCGAGCAGCGUUCCCAGUCCCUGGUGAAGGACUCCUCGGGAGUCUUCAACCUCAACGGCAUCCCUUACAACUUCGACCUGACGGGAAAGACCUGCAAAGAGGCCAAGUAUCUCUGUGCCAAGUUCAACAAGAACAAGGAUGCCCAGCCGAGCAAAGAGUAUUCGUCGUUUGAGCUGGAGGGCGUGCCCAAUGAGAAAGCCCUAACUGGCUGUUCCCCGCUGGAAAACUGCCAGGGAGCUACCUUUUCUGGUAUGAGUUGGUCUCGUGAGGUGGGACAGCAGCAGUAUGGACUACCUGCCCCAUUGACCAUUGAUGCCCAGGUUACUGCAACCCCCGACAGCCCCUCGGUGGAUGGCACUGGGCUGUGGAAGAUGAACAUCUUUGGCAGCCGCAGCAUGAACGGCAGCGGCGUCCGCCAGAACGAGCGGACCCAGAUCCUAGACGGCUUCAACCAGGGCAAAUCGCUUUCAGCUGGGGGCGGUCCACUGGAGUUCAGCGACAUCCAGACCAGGUUCCCACUGGACGAUCUGGGCUGUGGCGAGUACAAGUACCUCUGUUUGGAGUUCACCAAGGGGGACAACGCCAACCCAGAUUACAGCUAUGCCACCACCACCGGAGCACAAUCCAUCAUCAACUGUUUGCCUGAAAAGUGCAGAACUGUGUACGUCUCUGGUGUGCAGUCCACCCUCGGCAGUGCUGAUCUGUAUGAAGGUAGGCCUAACAACAUGGUCCAGUUUGACACCAUUGUGCAGACCACCGAUGAGAGCUCGCCGCUGGUCGGACGCAACAUGUGGCGGCUGAACAUGUAUGGCAGCGAGCGGCCAGACGGCUCGGGCCCUCGCCUGGCUCCCCAGGAGCAGGUCCUGUCUGACUACUACAGCAGCCAGGAGCUGACGACCCCUGGCAGCCCAUUGACCUUCCAACCCAUCAACACCGAGUACGACAUGACAGACGUGGACUGCAAGCGACUGAAUUAUCUCUGCACGGAGUUCAGCCGCAAUCCUGAGUCCCCCGUGGAAUUCGAGCUCAGCCCCGUACCCGAUGCCAGCGUGUUGAGGAGCUGUAUGGAGGUGCCCGAUGAAAUGUGCAAUGGUGUGAUAAUUGAUGACAUGGAUUGGGAGAUGCAAGUGUUAACCGACAAGGUACAAGCCGGCCGUCCAACCCCGGUCAGAUUUGACGUGGACGUGGAGCCGCGACCGUCUGCUGGCAGCAUCAGUGGAGAGAACCUGUGGCGGGUUGGCCUCUUCGGUUCCACCAGGCCGGAUGGCAGGGGCCCCCGGAUCGGACCCCAGCGCCAGAUACUGACCCGAGACCUCUCCAGCCGAGACCUGACCGCUAGCCAGACCCUGCAGCUGGAUGACAUCAAUGCCGAGUUUGACCUGACCUCGAUCGGCUGCGAGACAGAAUACCAGUACCUGUGCCUGGAGUUUGCCAAGGGCCUGCGAGCUGAGCCUGACUUCAAGUUUCAAGCCGCUAAUGGGGGAGAGGUCAUCACCAAAUGCAAAGACCAAGACUGCCGCAAGGGUGUUAAGAUUGAAGAUCUGAAUGUUGUGGGCAAUGACUACUCCGUGUUGAAGGAGAAUGACCCCUACAACCGGGUCAUGUUUGACAUGACGGCUGAAACCACGCCCGACAGUGGUGGCGUUGAUGGGGACAACCUGUGGGAGCUCUCCCUCUUCGGCAGCAGCUCGGAGAAUGGGGUAGGCCGUCGCUUCAACGAACAGCGGCAGGUUCUCAAUAACUACCAGCGCAACAAGGACGCCUUCCCCGGCGAGGACAUCGACUUUGGCAUGGUGGACUCCAACUUCAACAUGCAGGGCUUAUCCUGCAAGGAGGUGCGCUACCUGUGCGCCGAGCUGCGCAAGGGCACCAGGGCUGACCCUGACUUUGAGCUGAACCCUGUGCCGGACAGGUCCGUCUUGACAAAGUGCUUCCGCCAAAAAUGCGACGGCAUUAUAAUUGACAGCACCGACCUGAGGGGUGAUUUUGACGUAGAUGAUAACACAGAUGAGGUGGAGUUUGACGUGUCAGUCAACUCUAACCCCAACAGUGGCGAUGCCACUGGACGGAACAUUUGGCGGCUGCAGACAUUCCUGGCCAACUACCCAGACGGCACAGGCAACGUCCGGACCCUGGAAAGACAGACCCUGACCCCCGAGAUGGCCAGCCGUGACCUAAGGUCAGGUUCAAGGCUGAACUUCAAUAACUUGGCAGCCCGCAUCAAUAAGGAUGACCUGUAUUGCGAUGAGGGUGAGCGGUACAUCUGCGUGAAGGUGGAGCGAGGGGACAACCCUUCCAUUGACUACUCUCUUAGUGGAGCACGAGAAGGCUCUCUGCAGAGAUGUCAAAAGGUGAACUGUGUGAAAGCUCCUGAGGUUGUCAAGGGGCCGAUAGGAGACAAAGGAUACCCUGGUGAGCCAGCUGUUAUGCCUAGGGAGUACAUGCAAGGACCUCCUGGACUACCAGGUCAAGCCGGACCCCCAGGAUACAAGGGACCCAAUGGAUAUCCUGGCCAGCGUGGAGCACCUGGGCUGAAGGGACCCCAAGGGGACCCAGGUCUCUACGGUUACCCUGGCGCACCAGGUCCACCUGGUCCACCAGGCCGCCCCGGUGAGGCCAUCGCUCCCACCUACCAACAACGAUACGGGUCAAAGAACCUUCCCUAUGGUGCUGGCUACGCCCCCCAGCAAGUGGUACAGGGACCACCUGGUCCAGCUGGUCCACCAGGCAGUCCUGGUGAUCGUGGUCCUCAGGGAUUGCGUGGUGUGCAGGGAUCUUCCGGUCCCCCUGGACCUGUGGGGCCCCUAGGUCCAGCUGGGUCUCGUGGAUCUGAUGGGGAAGACGGCAGAGAUGGAAGCAAUGGCAACCGUGGUUCUGCAGGUGCUCCUGGUCCAUUGGGAGCAACGGGUCCAGGAGGAAUGCCAGGAGCCCCAGGAGCCCAGGGCCACAAAGGCUGGAGGGGUGCUCGAGGCAGAAAGGGAGCCAUGGGGGAUACCGGAGAUGUUGGCGACUCUGGUGCAUCCGGAGCCACUGGCCCUGCUGGAGCCGCAGGACAGAGGGGUGACAUUGGCCCCUCUGGGGAACGAGGAGAGCGUGGAGCCCGUGGUGUUGCUGGAGUGAGAGGACAAGACGGCUCAGAUGGUGAUGUUGGCAAUGCUGGACCCCAAGGUGGUACUGGGCCAAUGGGUGCUAUGGGAGCAGCUGGUGCCAAGGGAGAUGCAGGACCUCAGGGUGAUCAAGGUAUCCAAGGCAUCCAAGGUCAGCGUGGUGAGAGUGGAUCCGAUGGUGCCCCUGGAGCAAAUGGUGCCUCUGGAAACGAUGGCCAGGAUGGUGCAGCUGGAGCAGUGGGUGACGUGGGAGGAGUAGGCGCUGCAGGACCUGUCGGUGCACCUGGCGCUCGAGGCUCAGCUGGUGCCCGCGGAGCCACUGGACCCGGCGGUGAGCCCGGUGGCCAAGGCUACCCUGGACUGGCGGGAUCUCGUGGUGCUGACGGCUCUCGUGGCGUGACGGGAGGCCCAGGUCCCCGUGGUGAUCCUGGCGUUGACGGCUCUGAAGGUGCUGAGGGUCCUGACGGUCCUGUUGGUUCUACUGGUCCCCGUGGACCUGCCGGUGCCCGUGGUAGCAUUGGAUCCCCAGGCCCGGGUGGUCCUGCUGGUGCGAUGGGAAUGCGGGGCGAUAUCGGGGGACAAGGUAGCACCGGUCUUGCAGGAGAAAAGGGAGAUGCGGGCAACCCAGGACAAUCUGGAAAUCCUGGAGCCCCCGGACAAAUGGGUUCUCCAGGAUCGGAUGGUCGCACUGGAAAUGACGGAAAGCCUGGACCACCUGGGUCAGCAGGAAGUGACGGGAAGCCUGGACCACCAGGACCCAAUGGUAUCCAAGGGGCAAGAGGUUCAGUUGGACUCAAUGGAGCGCCAGGAGCAGGUGGAGAAGAAGGAAGGACGGGAUCCCCCGGAGCCACUGGACCAAGAGGCGCUGCUGGUACCCCUGGAGACAUUGGACCUCAGGGCCCAGCUGGACCUGCUGGAGCUCAAGGUGCUCGUGGAGAUGCCGGACCACAGGGAGCUAUCGGACCUGGAGGAACCAACGGUGGAGUUGGGGCACCAGGGCCACGUGGACCCCAGGGCAAACGCGGUGCUCCUGGUGUCGGUGGACCCGCAGGACAGGAGGGACCUCAGGGAAUGAGUGGUGACCGUGGUGCUCAAGGACCAAUGGGCUUGGCUGGAGCUACAGGACCAGACGGUGAUGCUGGGGUUGAUGGACGUGAUGGACGCGACGGAGAACCAGGUGACAAGGGAGCCUCUGGUGAUGUUGGACGUAUAGGAAUCCCGGGCCUUCCGGGAGCCCCAGGUGACCGAGGUGGUGCAGGAGCCAGUGGUAAUGUCGGAGCUCCUGGAGCACAAGGAGCAACGGGUCAGCGUGGAUCAGCCGGGCAGCCAGGUGAAAGGGGACCCCUUGGCCCCCCCGGACCAGGUGGAUCUCCUGGACUGAGAGGAGAUGCGGGAGGCAUUGGCCGAUCUGGACGAACUGGACCUCCUGGACCUGAUGGCAACCCUGGUGAGAGAGGCAGAGCUGGCGACCGUGGAGCUCAGGGCAUCCCAGGAGGACAGGGACCACAAGGAGCAGAUGGAGCUCGUGGAGAAAAGGGACCCAAAGGAAAUCCUGGUGAUCAAGGAGUCCAGGGAUCAGUGGGUGCUCCAGGCCGUACUGGCGCUCCUGGAGCCACUGGAGCCCAGGGAGCACGCGGGGAACCAGGCGAAUCGGGACCAUUGGGCAUCGGUGGAAAUUCUGGACCAGUGGGACUUCCUGGACCCAGUGGUGCACCCGGAUCGCGAGGAGAGGUUGGACCGCCUGGACCAAGUGGCAAAUCAGGUGCACCUGGUCAACGUGGUGAGACUGGUUCUUCAGGCCCAGCAGGUAUCCGUGGUGUCGCAGGACCCCAAGGACCUUCCGGUGCACGUGGUGACGACGGCAGGAAUGGAGCAGAUGGAGCUCCCGGUCCUGCUGGACCACAAGGCCCAGCUGGAAUCAUCGGAGAAAUCGGUGGCAUGGGAGCAAUGGGAGCCCCAGGACCGACUGGCCCUGCUGGACGCCCUGGUGCUGAUGGAGCCCCAGGUAAACGUGGCUCUCCUGGAUCAGACGGUGCUCCUGGAUCCUCAGGAGUCCAGGGUCCCAAGGGACCACGCGGACCCACCGGAUCUGACGGCAGAGACGGUUCGGAUGGAGCAACGGGUGCCAAGGGAGGAAAAGGACCUCAAGGUGACAAGGGACCUCAAGGACCCCAGGGAGCAGCUGGAAGUGCCGGAAUGCCUGGCCGACAAGGACCAAGUGGCGGUCCAGGUGAGCGUGGAGCUCGUGGACCUGCUGGACCAGCUGGAUCAAGAGGCAGCCAGGGACCCGAUGGUGACAUGGGACCGGCUGGACCAGCUGGACCUGCUGGCGCCCGAGGAGAGACAGGUGCAACUGGCGCCCAGGGCCACAAGGGAUGGGGUGGUGCUCCUGGAGCCCCAGGACCUCAGGGACCCAAAGGCCCGACAGGAGCUCGUGGUGAGAACGGACGAACAGGUGCUGCUGGAGCCCCGGGUAUCGAUGGUGCUCGAGGCAGAAAUGGGAAGGAUGGAGUACAAGGUCCUCGCGGUAUGACAGGACCAGGGGGCCAACGUGGUCCCUCUGGAAGGUCUGGACCAGCUGGACCUCCAGGACCCCCAGGACCUGCCGGAGCACCCGGAGCUCUCAGCUAUUCCGGGUAUGCCUACGCUGGUUCAUACGCCACUUCUCAAGUGGACAAGGGACCCAACCCAUAUGCUACUUAUUAUGGAGACGAUGCCACCAUUGACGAGGAUGACUAUGAGGCCCGCAUCAUCCAGCUGAGGAAUCGCAUCGAGAGGCUGUUGCUACCCAACGGUGAGCCAGAGUAUCCAGCCCGCUCCUGCAAGGAUCUCUUCAGGUGCCACCCCAUACUUCCAAGUGGUUAUUACACCCUGGACCCCAGCGGAGGCUCUCCGUAUGACAAAUUUGUUGCUUACUGUGACAAGAAGACCAACGCCACCUGCAUCUACCCAGAUACCAAGGAGAUUCCCAAAGCCACUUAUUACCUUGGCGAACCUGAGGAGGUCGACUUCUCCAACAUGAGGAAUGGCUCUGAGAUCAGUUACAGCGUCAAGCCCGUCCAGCUGACCCUCCUGCGACUCAUCUACUCUCAGGCCAAGCAGAACCUCACCUAUCACUGCAGGAAUUCCCACGCCGUGGCCAACAAAGCCGGUAGCAUGGUCAAAGCUCUGACCCUAGUGGGACCCAACGACGUGCGAAUGAACAUCAAGAACACCCGGAAAGACUUGCAGUAUGAAGUGGAAGGAGAAGACGGGUGUCAGGUACAUGACAACACCUGGGGCAAGACCACCGUCUCCUUCACCACGAAGAAAACGGAACGUCUACCCUUGGUUGACUUUGCUGUGUCGGACGUGGGCAGAGCCAAGCAACAAUUUGGGGUGGAAGUCGGCCCUGUCUGCUUCUCGUAGAUAGACACCCACUACCAAGUGUUAACUCCAUUGCAGUGUUAAGCUUAAGUUUUGCGAAACAUUAGGAUAAAUAGCUCAAGCUCAUCUGUCUGUUUACCUGGAGUUGCAUUUUGUAAUACUGCUUUCAAAUCAGGAACGUCCAGUUUUUAAGCAGUUAAGACAGAGUUUUUAAGAGCAGUUUGCUUUAAAUGUUUAAAUGAAAGUUCAUAGCUUUUAUCAGUUAGUUCUUGAAAAUAUCAUUUGAAAAUAAUUUCUCCUCUCACGGUUGCUUCUAACGAUGUUCUAGACACACAGGGCAUACUUUCUACACACUCAUAGUGUAAUAAAAAAAUGAGUCAAGAAAACAAAAAUAACGUCAAUUUCUUUCAGGUGACUCGAAAGACUUCAUCAGGAAAAAGUAAAAUAGAAUCUGUCCUUUUUUUUUCAAAACAUUAAAUAACCUGCUUCGGAAUGAAUUAUUGUAAAGUUGUCCAUUUUUAUAUUUUUUCUGAAGCAGUUUUCUUCAGGUUGGUCCUUUUGUAAUCCAACUAACAAAACCGUUGGUUCUUAUCCCCUUAGCCCCAUAUUGUUGCAUGCAUUGAACCAAAUUUUUUCUUUCCUUGAACGUAAACAGAGAGAGAGACAGAGAGAGCAGCAGAAGGGAAAACUUUCUGAAUAUGGAGUAAAAACAUCUGUCAACAGUGUUGUCUGCUGCCUAUUAUUUUGUCCAUCCAAGAUGUAAACGUUUCUGGUUUUGCAUUUUUGUGGGUCACCCCUGUUUAAAUGUUCCUGUUUAAAUAGGGGGUGCAAAAACAUGCCUCUGUUCUCUUUUCACUUUUCCAACCGUGAAGAAGGUGUUUAUAACCUGCCUUAUUUUUGGAAAAUAUAUGUAAAAAAAAUGUGCUUUGAAGUUAAGACCCCUCUUCAAGUAUCGUAGGCAAUUUUGAGACCUGUUUUUUUUCCUGUCAUUUUCCAAAUGAACAUAACGUGGAUUUCAAAAAGUAACAUAAAACAGGUAAAUUUCCAAUUUUUAAAAAAUUUUUGGAAGGUUGUGUUAGCUUUCUGAAACAUUCUGUCUUGGAGACUCUGUUUCAGUGAAGAGAACAUUGACUGUCUACUGUAGCAUUCACAUUACUUCAGUCCAGCACACAUGUAUUCUAAGCUUUGUUGUGUUCUGUCCCGUUUUUGUCUUCAGUUAAUAAAGCUUCCCUAUAACAUGAUGA